AUGCCACUCAAGUCGGAUAUUCACAUCAAUGUUGCAAAGUUUGAGCCAAGCAAUACAUCGGCAGGUACAGCUAAAGCUAACGAGGAUUUGAUCAACUUGCUGAGGGAUGGUCCAAAAUGGUUUGAGAUGGGUGCCUCAAAAUAUCGUAAGAUGAGGGAUGCUGGGGAAACUCCCAUCCCGAAGCCUAAACUCUUACCAGAUGGUCUCGACAUAGAAAUCCCUUCUCGUGAUAGUGAUCGAGCAAUCCCUUGUCGUUUAAUAUAUCCAUUUUGGCGCAAAACUAUCGAGGAACGAAAGAAGACAAGAGCAAUCGGAUACCUUAUACAUGGUGGUGGAUGGGUUCUUGGCGAUCAACAUUCUGCCGAUAUUCUCCUCCAGUUUUAUGCUGAUGCUGGAGACCUGGCAAUUGUGUCAGUUGGUUAUAGACUUGCUCCUGAAUAUCCUUUUCCAUGUGGUCCAAAUGAUUGUGUUGACGUGGGAGAAUACUUGGUCAAGCAUGGGAAAGGGGUUUUCGGUAGUUCAUUGAAAUUUAUCGGGGGAGAGAGUGCAGGUGCUCAUUUAUCUUUACUCGUCGCCUUCCAUCUUCUCAAAAAUCUUCCUGAUUUUAAGUUGUCCGGGCUAAUUCUCCAUUGCGGUAUAUACGAUCUCACAAUGCUCCCUCAAUGUCGAAACUUCGUUCGUCCCAAUUUAAUACUCGAUCACGAUUUGAUGCGUAAAUUCGUCAACGCAUUCCUUCCAGAGAUGUGUGACGAACAAAAGAAAGAUCCUCUCAUAUCACCAUACUAUGAAGAUCUUGAGAAAUUCAGAGGAAGAUUACCAAGUGCUCUUUUCACAUGUGGUACGGAAGAUCCGUUACUAGAUGAUUCGGUAACAAUGGCCACAAAGUGGAUGAUGGUGGGUGGGGAGGCCAUCAUUAAAAUUUAUACCGGGGCGCCGCAUGCGUUUAUUAAUAUGAAGGAUAAGUUGAAGGAAGCAAUGGAUGCACAGGAAGAUACGAAGACCUGGAUAAUGGAUAGUAUGACGGAAUUGUGA